AUGGCCUUCCUUGAUACACAGUGGUCUCCCAACGCCAUGACCACCGAAUGCAUAGAAAAGUGGAUAGAAGACAUCCGACAGUGCCGAUACCUGCCCGAAAAGGACCUGACGCGACUCUGUGAGUGCGUGGGAGAACUUCUGUUGGAGGAGUGCAAUGUGCAACCCGUCUCUACCCCCGUGACUGUCUGCGGUGACAUCCAUGGACAGUUUUAUGAUCUCCGAAAGCUGCUCCAAGUCGGUGGUGAACCGCCGGAGACAAACUACAUUUUCAUGGGCGAUUUCGUCGAUCGUGGCUACUACAGUCUCGAGACCUUCACUCUACUCAUGGCACUCAAAGCCCGAUAUCCGGACAAGAUCACUCUGCUCAGGGGUAACCACGAAAGUAGACAAAUAACGCAGGUUUACGGCUUCUACGAUGAAUGCCUGAACAAGUAUGGAAACGCGAAUCCAUGGCGACAGUGUUGCAAAGUGUUUGACCUCCUAACUCUGGCCGCUCUCAUUGAUGAAACAAUCCUCUGCGUGCAUGGUGGUCUUUCUCCCGAGACCAAAACCCUCGACCAGAUACGCACAAUUGACAGAAAUAUGGAAAUACCGCACAAGGGCCCCCUCUGUGAUCUUCUGUGGUCCGACCCCGACGAGGUGACAAAGUGGACAAUAAGCCCGCGUGGAGCCGGUUUUUUGUUUGGCCAAAGGGUGUGUUACUCUUCUCUCUAUCCUUUUUCGCGUUUACCGUUCUAG